CAAUCAUUUAUGCCUGAAUCAAUUACGAAUGACUUUAAAAUCACAUGAAAUCUAAGAAUUACCUAUUGUUUAAGACAACGAUGCACAACCUCCAUCCAUCUUCAAGUAUUUAUAAGGAAGGAUGACUAAUCCUAAAAAUUAUCUACCAACACUAAUAGUUUAGCAUAGCAACACUUCCAAAUAAACCCUAGAAGCUCUAAAUUCCUAAUGCAAUAGAAAUUAGAGUCACAAACCCAACCAACCAAGCCAAAAUCAAUAUUAGCCCAAUAAAAAGAAAGAUGUAUCUCCCCAAAGAAGCACAUCUCCUUAUAGGAAAUUUCAAUAAAUACCAUAGCAAAAUUAAGUUAAGACUUAACAAAGAACAAAAUCCCCUCUGGUUAAGAAUACAGUUGCUUAAAAGCUCACUCCAAGAACUAAUCAACGAACUACACCCUCGGCUUCCCCAUUCCGAUAAGCCAAAGAGAAUAAUGUAUCAACCAUUAAUUAGAGAAACUUAAGGACCGAUAGAUCAUAAACUAAAUUGGUUUAAGUGAAGGUUAAGGAAACUCACAAUUAAAACUAAUCUCAUGUAAUAGUUGAUCUAAGCAAGUGUCCUACUUAAAGAGUUCUCAUCAAAUAAGAUUCUAAUCGACCAAAAAUGAGGGUUGAGUUAAGUCUAAAGAGUUUAAUUUAAAAUGGAAUAUGAAUCUGACAUUAAAAUUAUAUAACUUCAUAAAUAUAUAUAUAAAUUA